ACUCGAGGUAAUUUCCCCAUAAUGCUUGUUCAAAAUGGAGACACUCAUUGCUAACGUGAAUGCUAUAGACAAUGUUUUGGUAUUUCUGUAAAUGUUUGUGGCUUUUAGAUACAUAGAUAAGGUACCAGAAACAUAAGCUUCAGCUUCUUCAGCAGUAUGGCGUCUAAUAUGGAAUCUCUCCAGGCUUUGGAGACUUUGAUGCUGGAAUUCUUCACAGGAUCAACAACAAACGAAAGAAAGCAUGAAAUAGAAAAUGUGUUGAAUAAUUUCUCACAAAUGAAGGACUCAUGGAAGAUGUGUUUGUUUUUCAUUGGGAAUACACACAAUGAAUAUGUUAUGAUGUACUGCUUAAAUGUACUGGAGUCGGUGAUCAACAAGCAAUGGCUUGGUGUAGGAAGUGGAGAUAAAAUGGAGAUUCGUAACUCCCUGAAUCAGUACCUUCUGGCUCAUCAUACAGCUGUACCUACUUACAUUAGAAAUAAACUGGUCAAACUUGUGGUGGAUAUUGGGCGCCUUGACUGGCCACACUUUUACCCAGACUUCUUACCUAGUAUACUGCAGUUAGUGCAACAUCCAGACACAGCCCUUCUUGGGGUGAUUUUGCUUCACACGGUGUCAGAAGAGUUAGCAGCACCCCGUGAAGACUUGAGUAUGGCACGUAGAGAAGAGCUGCACCGCCUUCUUCUGGCCCAAGUGCCCAUCAUCCUCCACCAUUUAAACAAUUUGCUGGAAUCUGUUUUGGAGAAGCACAGGCACCUUGUUGCAGCCACACCGCCACCCUCACCAACACAAGGAGAAUCUAAGAGUUCAAGACAUGCUUCACUUUUGCUAUUCUCCUCAUCUCCUAUUCGAUCAGAUACUUUAUUAAGCAGCAUGUUUCGCAGUCCUGGUCGUGGAGCCCACAUGGAGGCUUUACCACCACUAGAUGAGGCCUCUCAGCAGCUGAGUGCAGCCACACUUACCUGUUUGGCUCACUAUUUCACCUGGACUCCACUCUCCACCACCUUAACUCCUCAGCUGCUGUCAACAAUAUUUCACUUUGCAGCAUUUGGCUGUGAAGGAAAAGCAAGCCAUUCUAGCAGUGGAGGAACCAAUACAACAGGUGCAUACAGCACGCAGACACCAUACCUGGGUGUGUUGUCAAUGAACUGUAUCAAUGAACUUUUGAGCAAAAAUUGUGUUCCUCAAGAGUUUGAAGAUUUCUUGCUGCAAAUGUUCCAGCAGACCUUUAACCUCCUGCAGAAACUGACAAAGGAGAGCAGCACCAACUCCUCUGGCAAUAGGCUUGAGGAACUGGAUGAAGAUUACAUGGAGAGAUUCACUGAUUUCUUGCGAUUGUUUGUGGGUGUACAUCUGCGACGGUUUGAGUCCAAUCCAACUUUUCCUGUUCUUGAAUUCCUGGCUUUGAUGUUCAAGUACACUUUCCGACAGCCAAAUACUGAUGGCUUUUUCCGCUGCUUGGACAUCUGGGUCACAUUUCUGGACUACCUAAGUACACGACUGCAAGAACGUUCUGCAGAUAAAGUUUCUAUUUUAGGAAGGUACAAGGAAGCUCUCACCUCUUUGGUCUCCAACAUUCUUCAGAAGUUGUUGUUUCGCUUUAACCAGUCACAGCUAGAAGAACUGGAUGAUGACACACUAGAUGAUAAUAGUGAGACAGAAUGGCAGCAUUUCCUGUGUCAAUGUCUGGAGGUGGUAGCAAAAGUGGCAGAGCUGUUUACAGCAGAAACAUUUCAGCUUAUUUGGGAACCAACCCAAGAACAUGUGGAUAUUUACUUUGGACUUGAGAAAUAUAUCACAAAUGGAGUGCAGGGGCGACGUCUGACCAUCACAGCAGAAAAUGACUGCCGAAGACUCCAUUGCACUUUGCGAGACUUAUCUUCACUCAUUCAGGCUGUGGGGCGUUUGGCAGACCAUUUUAUUGGAGAACGCUUUGCAGACAGAUACUCUAACGCUCGAAUGCUUGUUGAACGCCUGGUUCAAGUUGUCUCAUAUGGGUCUAAAGUGAAAUUGUUUGAAGUGUCCACAACAACAGAAUCUGUACUGCAGCAGGAUUUUGUGCAAGUACAUGCCCAAGCUCUUGCAGCCAUAAAAGCUUAUGCCCCUUGGCUGGAGCAGCUGUACAGUGAAUCUGUACGGACUAAUCAGGAAAGGGAUAAAUUCUACAACAUGAUUGUGACAUUAAUUGAAUCACUUUCUCCUCUCAUUAAUAAACAGGUUCCAGAGAGAGUAGUCCAUUCUGCUGUGCAUCUCUUGCUGUCAAUCACCACAACAGUCCGGCCUCCAUUUUUGCUACGGCUGCCAGCAGUGCAGACACUAUACACAGCUGCCAGUCAAGGGGCCUGUCAGGGACUCAGCAUUGAGGUACAGCUGCUAUUAUACCGCUCCUUGUCAGAUUACCUGCUCUUGCCAUGGCCGAGCCUAGCUGAAGGAGAGCAGGAUUGGACAAGUCGUGCAACCCAUCACCAAACCUUCACUAAUGAACUUGCCAAGAAUUUUGUGGCACUUAAAGGCUCUCUUGACCUAGCCACGGACAAACAGUUACAAGAGCGAGCCAAAUCAGUCAUCAGGAAGGCUAUGCGAGUGUGCCAGGACUGGAUUGAGUCAGUAGCUGGGGAGGUAGUUCGAACAAAGCAACUGCUGUACCAGUCUUUGACACCUGUCAUAGAGACCACCUUGGGCAUCUUUCCUAUCUACCUGAGCCAGACAGACAUUGUGGAUGACAUCAUGAGUUUUUUCCUGGCUUUAUUCCAAGGACUGCGGGUACAGAUGGGGGUACCCUUCACAGAACAAACCAUCCAUACCUUCAUAAGUCUUUUCUCCAGGGAGCAACUGCUGGAGACCAUCCAACAGGAGACUGGUGUUGCUUUUAGGGUCAUUGAGAAGUUUCUGAAGAUCUUGGAGUUGAUAGUAGUGGAACCUGGCUCAGCUUUCAAGGCCUUUCUGCCUCAGGUUAUCAGCAUCUGCAUGGAACAGAUAUAUCCCAUAAUUUCACCAAGGCAGUCUCCAGACAUCAAGAAUGUGCUUUAUGAGCUGCUCCAUACACUAGUUGCCAACAACUGGCGUUACUUCUUUCCUGGCAAUGUUUUAUCUGCUCUGCAAAAGCUUGAGGAAACUGUUGAGCAUAGCAGCGAGUUCACAGCGAUUUUCCAGGCUUACGGACAAUCCUUCCUGCAACCUGACAUUGCCAUAUUCCGGCAAAAUCUAGAGUCUUUGAAUAGCCUUGAUUUCAAAUGGAAACUUUACUCAAAGGCCAUCUUCCGUGAAACCAUGUUGUGGCAGUUCCUUACAGUACUCCUUCAGGUUUUGGUGCACAAGUCUCAUGACUUGCUGCAGGAAGAAGUAGUGAUCACAGUUUACAACAUGGCUGCUGUGGACUUUGACACUUUCUAUGCCAAGUUUCUACCUCAUUUUCUGACCAACUUUGAUGGCCUUGAUGACAACCAGAAACAUGUUCUAGUUCAGAAUUUCAAGAUAGAAAAGGACUUGCCAUCCUUUACCCAGUCUGUACAUCGCUUCACCAAUGACAUGAGAUACUACAGACAGAUUAAUAGCAGCCUACCUGCAGGGUCCGUUACUUUCUGAAAAAGACGAACAGCUUCUUGUCUUUUUGGUCCAGGUAUACAAAUGGAUGGAUCCUGUGGAUGUUUCAGAAAAGUGUUCUCUCUUGGAGAUGGUGUCUCAUGGGAAUGUGAUUUCUGUCUAUUUUAUGUUGAAGAAGGUGGUUUCAGGUUGAAACAUGCUGAACAAAAGUCAGACAUGGUUGAAACAGAAUUUUCAUACUGACUUCUUUGCCAUAACUCCAGAACUCGACCGUUUCAGUAUCUUGUGGCUCAGAUCUUCCUAACCCAGUUCUGACAGCAUUAAUACAUAUGGCUGUAAAUAGCUAGCAUCUGCAAGCAAACAUGCAGUAUAGUAAACAAGCAUUUAUUUCUCACACAAGAGGGACCAUCUUUGUGUUGCAUUUUCAGGUUUAUAUAACAUGCCAGAUAAAAUCUGCCUGCAAGCAUUUAUCACUUUUUUGUUGUAACACUGCCUAGAUAAGAACUCACAAUAUUCAAGCAGGACAAGAGAGAUGGAUGGUCUCUUGAUAGUGCUGACCCUGUCUCUAAUCCUGAGAUUAAAGAGAUCAAGUGUUCACAAAACCCCUCCUGACCCCUCUGGGAUUAUGCUGUUUGCGGAAAAAAAAAAAGGUUAAUGACUGUAUCUUCAGGGAGAUGAAAACACAUAAGUAGAUACUGCAGCAUUGAAAUGGACUGAUGCCUGAGGAAAGCUCUCUGGUAGUGGACAGUCAUUGGAAGAAUUCUUUCUGUUGGUGCCAACAAUUUUAUCCUUUUAAAAUUUCAGCUUUGAUGUUGAAUUGUUUAGUCAGAGAUAAUCCAGAGAUUUAAGAACAAGUGCAUGUGCUGAUUGCUGCUGUCAGCUAAAGAUGUGGUCAGUACGCCACUUGACACACAUAGGAAGCUUUCCUGCUGUACAAAUAAGCACAGUUUACAGAGCCUUCUGUAAACUUUCUUUUACUUUUUUGUGUGUCACAGUUUACUUGUUUUAGCAUGUAACAAGUGUUUGUGUGUGUGUGCAGGGGUGCAUGUGUGAACAUAUGUUUGAGCAUUUGUUUGAUUCUGUUCAACAGUGAGUAAGAGAACAUUACUCAGCACUUAAAAACACAUUUCCAAAAACUGACAGAUGUCAGGAAUGGAGGUUAUGACUGUAUGAACUGGAAACUGUACCACUGAAUGACUGAUCUGAGACAGUGAAAAAAGCCUGGCACAAUACUGUAGGUCAGCACAAUGCUGACUGCUUCUGAGGGUGACAAAAGACAGUUUGUCUCAAGCUGAGCAAGUCCACUGAGGUUAAAAAAAUUGUUAUACAACUUUAAAAAAAAAAUAAAGGCAAGAAUUUGGUGGAUCCCUGAUUAUAAGCCUUAGCAUAGAAAUUCAUCUAUGCAAUGAUGUGACCUGUUGAUGUGUGUGAGCAAAAGCUAACACAUUCUUGCUUUUUGCUGUUCUACUCAUUCCUCUACUUGUUCUAGUUGAAAAAUUAGACAUUUAUCAUUUUUGAAUGAACAAAUGUAAUCAUUUUGUUUUGAACUGCCUGAAAAAUAUUUAGUUUUUUGCCUUUAGCAGAAGCUGUUACAAAGCAUUUCUUUGUAUAUCUCUCCUCUGAAACUGAAGAGAAUAGAAUUGGAAAUGAAAAACAUAAAUUAUGCUGACAUUAAGCUUUUUCAUGGAGAGAAUGAUGCCAGUUCUUUCAUUCUGCUUUUAGUCUCGCUUGCUCUUGCCUUCAAAUAAAACUAAUGGUUCAUAAAA